AUGGGGUUCAUACCCGUCUCCGAAUUUGAAGAAUGGUUAAAGGACCGACCCAUCCCGCAAUAUCUCACCGAAAUAACCGACUCCCUCGACCUUAUUAUGACAAAAUAUUUCCCACCAGAUCCAAACUACAAACCGGGAACCCUCCCACAAAAUCUGCAAAAAAUCCUAGACUCCAUCCGCGAAAGCCUAACUUUACUCGAAACUUCAAACAAAAACUACAUCGAUAUCGCAACCCCCGCUCAUGACCUUAUCGACAAAAUCCAACCUCCACCGGAAUCAACUUCACUAUUAAUGUCCCGCAAGAAACAAAGGCAAAAGCUAGUAUUCUCCGCCGACGCAUUCUUCACCAAAAUCCUCAACGAGAUGAACACCCCCUUCACCCACCGUGAAGACAUGUGGGAAAACCGUCCCCUCGAAAAAGCGGCAUUGACCCCAACCCACCCAUCCGUCUUUUCCGCACUCCAAGAAUUCUGCGAUUACCUUCGCACAGACGUUGAUUUCCAGAAUACAACCACCCUCGGAGUAUGGCUCUACUCAGGCCGUAUCACGACUCGUCGGAAUAUAAACGUAGCAUGGUACUACCUCGACGCUCGCGAUGCAUUAAGCCAGCUAUUCGGGAGGUUUUAUACAGCUCUUUCGGAGAUAUAUAGAGAGGUUGAAAAGAUGACGGGGACGGUUUAUUGGUCUUUAGACGAUCCGGUUAGUAAAGCUGCUUCGUUGGGGGUACUUGAGCCCUUAAGGGUUUAUGUGAAGAAGGUUGAACAGGCAGUUUAUUUGAUUUAUUGGAAUAUGAUGCACAUAAGGAUUGAACCGGAGAAAGAGAAUUUGAUGAAUCAUAUGAAUUAUAACCCGGGCUUGAAUGGGAGGAAGCCGAUGAAGUGGAUAUCUAACAUCGAUCCAAGAAAUUUGGGAAGGUAG